CUCACCACAACCACAACCACCACCACCACCACCACCACCACUACUACUACCACACACGCACACACGCACACGCACGAUUACACACACUAUGGCCACAACUAGUGCUCCCACCCCUACUCCUGCCCUUGUCCUUCCGGGCUUCACCCUCCUGGCGCAGGGAGCCGAAGCGAGAGUGUACAUCGGACGGCUUGGAGGACUUGAUGCGCUUGCAAAGCAUCGGUUUGUUAAGGGCUAUCGCCACAAGGUUCUGGAUGAUAAGCUCCGUGCCGCCCAUACGGUGGCAGAGGCGAGGUCGCUGGCAAGGGCAAGGGCUCUGGGCGUGCCCGUCCCGGGCGUGCUGAUGGUCGAUACCAAGGAGAUGGUGCUGUAUAUGGAGCUGGUUCAUGGCAUCACACUCAAGGCUUACUUGCAGGCUAUGGAGGGGCUGGAGAUCAAGGAUGAUGUCGGCCCACAUCACCUCCCCCCCAACGCCAUGGCUGUUCUUGCUGCCGUCGGCAAGGACAUUGCUCUGCUGCACAAUGGUGACGUCGUUCACGGCGACCUGACAACCUCAAACUUUAUGCUCCGUCCGCGCUCGCCGUCAGACGCUGCCGUUCUGGCUUCAAAGCCGCUCGAUCCGAGCGCCCUCGUCGCUCUCAACAUCCUCCAUCUCGAGGUCGUCACCAUCGACUUUGGCCUCGCCUCGGUCGCUCAGUCGGACGGCCUCGAGGACAAGGCUGUCGAUCUCUAUGUCCUCGAGCGUGCCUUCAUCUCCACCCAUCCCUUUGCUGAGCACGCCUUUGCCGCCGUCCUCGGCGCCUACGCAGAGGCUUGCGCCAACGACGACGCCGUCCUCGGCCGCCUGGAGGAUGUCCGCGCCCGCGGCCGCAAGCGCGACAUGUUUGGCUAACACACACACACACACAC